GAAGCAUUACUUUAGACCUGCAAUGGAACUAAUGCCCUCAACCUCCUUUCAAUCAACCCCUCACUGCCCGAACAAUGUCCGAAGAACUUCAGGAUGAAGUUGAAGCAAUUAAUUCCAUCUACGGCGACGACAGCCUCGUCCCGACAGAAGACGACUCCUCUGUAUUUAUUCUCAAACUGCCAGGCGAUGCAUCCUCUCUGCGUCUGAAAUUCCCGUCUGAUUACCCCUCUAAGCCCCCCAGUGCUCUCAGUACACACCACAGUUCCGGUGGUGUCAAAGGCGCUGGUGCUCGUGAUCUGGCACUCUUCCGAGACGCUCUGGGCGAAGUAUUUCAAGAGGGCCUGGUUUGUCUAUUCGAUGCCGUGGAGGAGUUUUCGCGGCGUGCGGAGGAGCAGAAACCAGAGCCUGAAAGUGAGCCCCAAGCUCCAUCGACACCUGAAGAAGAAGACUACGAGCAACCAGACUUUCCUCCUCCGGAAUGGGUUCUAUCCGAUCUUGUGACAGAGUCAAAAUCAACAUUCUUAGCACAUGUCGCACGAGUGACUUCUCCUGAUCAGGCUCGAUACUACGUCCAACUCUUGCUCUCCUCAGACAAACGCAUACGCAGCGCCACGCACAACAUGACAGCAUGGCGGAUCCGUGGACCCGGGGCUACGAGUUUCCAGGACUGCGAUGAUGAUGGCGAGACAGCUGCCGGUGGAAGGAUGUUGCAUCUGAUGCAGGUCAUGGAUAUCUGGGAUGCCAUGGUGGUGGUGACGAGGUGGUACGGCGGUGUUCAGCUAGGACCUAGAAGGUUUGCGCUCAUCAAUGCCGUAGCUAGAGACGGGUUUGUAAAAUCCGGGUUGGUAAAAGAAGAGAGGCAGGAGAAGAAAAGGGGGAAGUGAGCAAUGAGGUCCUGAUAUCGUGACCCUUUCCUUCAAGUCAGCUUACCGUUUGAUCUUCAAGAGACUGGGUUCUAGAUACGGCGAUAAUUGGCAAAGAUAAGCUUGAAAGACGUGUAAUGCCAUGGGAAACGAUGUACUGGCCGAAGGUACUUUAUAAUACGGUAUUUUAAGUGAUGGGCUUGACAACCCCAGAGCGUAAUGAUUGCCGGGGGUUCAACCCACACCAUGCCUUA